AUGGCAGACAGGGACAGAAAGUUUGAUUUGAUCGUUUUUGGAGCUACGGGAUUCACCGGCCAGUACACAGUUGAUGAAGUGGCUCGGGUUGCCGAUGAGGAACAUUUAACUUGGGCUGUGGCUGGGAGAAACAUGCAGAAGCUUCAACAAGUUUUGAGUGAGGCUUCUGUUAGAACAGGCAAGGAUUUGGAUGAGACUCCAAUAAUUAUUGCUGAUACCACAAGCCCAACAUCCUUGGAAGAAAUGGCUAAGCAGGGAAGAGUGAUAUUGAAUGUUGUAGGUCCAUAUAAUCUGUAUGGAGAACCUGUUGUGAGAGCUUGUAUCGAGGCAGGCACCCAUCAUCUGGACAUCAGUGGUGAGUCACAGUACUUGGAGAAGAUGCAACUUUUGUACAAUGCCAAAGCGAAGGAAAACAAUGUGUUCAUCAUUGGUUCAGUGGGAUUUGAUAGUAUUCCUGCAGAGAUGGGUCUAAGGUACACCAUCCAACAGUUUAAAGAUGGUCAGUUGACUAACUUGGAGUCUUUUGUGUCGGCACACAGCACAACAGGGGACUUUACUGCCAGUAGUGGAACAUUUGAAUCAGCUGUUUAUGGAUAUGCCCGCAAGAGUGAACUAAAAUCUCUGAGACAAUCUUUGUUUUCAGAGCCAAUGCCAGACUUUGAAUACACCCUUCCCAAGAGAGGGAACCUAUUUUACAACAAAGAGUUGAACAAGUGGUGCCUGCCAUUUGUUGGCAGUGACAAACCUGUGGUGUACAGAACCAUUCGUGACCACCUGGCAAGUGGGAAGUUAAAGAAGCCAAUUGAAUUCAACAAUUAUUUCUGUGUUGGCAGUUUGCGGACAGCUAUGCUGACUGUGUCCUUGUUUCUUGUCUUUGGAUUAUUCACCAGCUUCUCGCUUGGAAGAUCACUUCUUUUGAGGUACCCACAUAUUUUCUCAUUUGGCUUAUUCAAGAAAGAAGGCCCAACAAAGAAACAGAUUGAUGCCCAAACUUUUAGCAUGACUUUCAUUGGUUAUGGCUAUGAUACAGUAGACACCAGCAGAACUAACAAAACACCUAACAAGAAGAUCACAGCCAGAAUUUUGGGACCAGACCCAGGCUACAUAACAACACCAAUCUGUAUGACACAGUCUGCUGUAAUUCUGCUGAGGGAGCAAGACAAAAUCAAUCGCAAGGGAGGUGUACUGACCCCAGGAGCUGCAUUCUGGGACACAAACCUGAUCCAGCGGUUGGAGAAACAUCAGAUCAAGUUUAUCACAGUGUCUAACGACAGCAGUGAUGAACACAAGGAUUAG